AUGACGGAGUUUUGUGCAAUAUCGAGAAGACGCGAUAUUGAAAGCCAAAUAGCAAAAGACCAGGAGAAGAUCGAUGCGAUACGAAAUUGCAUGUUGAGCUCGAGGGAAAUGACAACUCAAAUGUCCGGAAUUCUCGAGAGCUUCGGAUCGCGACUUGAAAAGCUUGAAAAAGCAGUGAUUCCUGUUCAUCGGCAAACGAAAGAUCUCCAGCGCCUUCAAGAAAAUCUCGGGAAAGUGAUGAAUUCGAUUGAAAACGUCAUUGGCUACCACAAUGUCGUCAAGCGAAAUCAAGCGAUCAUCAAUACAGAUCCUUCCGAACACGUGGUUCGCUACACAACUGCAAUGACGGAUUUACUCGAAGCCGAGGAGUUUUUCAAAAAAUCAUCUCCAGACUCGCCGGAGCUCCGAAAGGUCUCAUCGCUCGUCGAAACCGGGCGGAAAAAACUGCUCGUGUAUUACGAAGCUUUGUUGAAAUCGAGCGCGACAUGCGAGGAUCCGAAAUUUCUUCUUACAGCUCUUUCUUCUGGACUCUCCCUGAUUGAUAACAACGAGGAGUCAGAGAAGACGAUGGAUGAGCUGAAGAAAAUGAGCGAGUGGAUUUUUGAGCGAUUCGGCUCCAUCAGCGAAUUUUCGGACACUUACGCACGAACAAGAGAACAAAUCUUCGCCCAGAACAUUUCCGCCGUCAAAGAAGCUGCCCAAAGCUCAGUUUCAAAAGAAACCCCGGCCAAGAAAAACUUCACCAUUCGCAGAGCAACAAAAGCGCGCAAGUCCAUCGGGAAGUCCAAAUUCUCGAGGACUUUAUCGAUGCGAUCGACGCUCAACAAGUCCUUCAGCGUUUCCGAAAUGGGAUCGUCUCCGAAUCCCAAGAAAUCAGCGCCCGUGGACCUGAAUGUCUACUCGACUUCCAUCGCCUUUCAAGCGUUUGUUCGCCUCGCAGAUCGGGAAGUAAAAGUUGCACAGGAAGUCCUUCCCGAAAAUACAGUCGGAGACGUGCUCGAUAAAAUCAUCUCAAACUCUGUUUUUCAACUGAAUCUAACAGCCGACAAGCUUCUCGCAGAGCUAAAUCGAUGCGACAACGAAGAAUUCGGCGCUUUUAUCGAACUCUGUCCUUUGCUUCAAGUUCUUCAGAAAAUCCAGUCCCAAGCUACAAGUGCUCUUCAAUUUGCUUCAGACGAAAAUCGCCGAUUUAUUCCCCAAGUUCUCCGGAACAUGGAGUCCGCUGCUGCUGAUGUUCUCCAGCGUUAUCAAGAAAUGGUUCAGCAAGAUAAACCGAAAAACAACUUGCCUGACGAUGCGACGGUGCAUAAUCUGAUUUCAGAUGCAUUAUAUUUUUUGAACUCGCUGGAAGAGUACAGUGAGCUUGUCAAUCAAAUCUUUACGCAUACAGGAAAACGACAAGGUGGAUUUUCGGACUACAUGGUUGGAAUCAUCGGUGCCAUUGCCCUAGCCACGCAAACGAAAAGCUUCCAGUACCCGGACGAGACGAGAAAGAAACUAUUUUUCUUGAACAAUCAGCAUUACAUUUGCAAAAAGCUCACUUCAUCGAAGCUUUCAAAACACAUCGAGUCUACUCAUGAUGAUUUCGUCAACAAUCAAUUGGCAGUUGAAGAGGAAAAACGACGGGACGAGUUUUUAGACCUUUGGGUUGAAAUAAAGCGCAAAAUCGACCUGUCAGAGAUAAAAAUGAGCACGAGUAAAGUUUCUGGAGGCGAGAAACAGAAACUAAAGGAGCUUUUCCGGGACUUCAAUUCGAAAUUCACCGAGCUCAGCAGCACCUGUAAGACUCUCACGGUUCCCGAUGAAGCUUUACGGAACGAUCUAAAGGACGAAAUCAGUCGACUACUUACAUCGAGUUACACGGAACUCUGGGAAGCUGGGCAGAAGAAAAGCGAUUUCACCUCAAAGCCAACUAAAUAUUUCGUCUUUACGCCUGCCCAAGUUCAAGAGGAAAUCAGCGCUCUUUUCGAUCCCUCAAAUUAG